GCAGCACACAGCUGAGUUUGUUGUCAUACAGACUGUAAGCAGCAGCCGAGUCAACACGCAGUCCUACGGUUUAAUAUCACUUUAUCACUGUCUGGUUGCCUGUUUUUAAUUCAUUGCGAUAAUGAAUGUUGUCGUGUUCCUGUUAGCCUCCAUCUUUCUGUGUGCUGCACCUUCUUCAGAAGCCGGAGAGCAUCGUCUCACCUGUCCUCAGACCAAAGAGGCAGCAGAAGGAGAUGAUGUCAUUAUACGGUGUGGUCUGGACCCCCCCGUCGACUUGUCUGACUCCACGCUGGAUGUGGCGAGACUCGACCUCGGUGACGAUGAUGGUGAUGUCCACUGCUAUCGAAGAGGAAAGGACCAACAGGAUGACCAGAUGGAUCGAUACAGAGACAGAACAACUCUUAACCAUGAAGACCUGAUCAGAGGCAUCGUGACUCUGAAGAUCUCCUCAGUAACUCUGUCUGAUAGUGGUCCAUACAAAGUCUACAUCAAAAAGCUGCGAGCCCAUUCUGUUAUUAACAUAUCUGUUGUGAGCGGGACAAAGAGAAAUGAUUCCAGCACGUCUGGACCUCCAAUGGGAGAAGAGACAGAGCAUCGGGGGGGCUCUGCAAAGAAGACAUCUGUCUGGAAAAUAGUGGUUCCCAUUGUCUGUGUUGCUGCUGUUGUUGCUGCUGCUGCUGCUGCUGCUGUGAUCUGGAAGAAGAGGAAAGCAGCAGAGACGAGUGGAACGAUGAAAUACCAGAGGCCAGAGGAGGACGCACUGUAGACCCACACAGUGCUGCAGGACACGGUCUGAGAGAGUCGGUGGUCGGAGACCGUAAAAACACAUCCAAACUUCAUCCGCUUAACCCUCUACGGCAUGAAGUAUUUAGUAUUGGUGAAAAAUAUUGUCUGUCUGUCUACAAGCUGUCAAUUUUCGGGUUAUGGUCGGGUUAAAGUGAUGGUUGAG